AUGCACAGUAUUGUUUCCAAUAACAAUCUAAAUGAAAAAGCUUCAUUUCUUGAGCCUUCCCCAUGCCGAAUUGAUGGUAAUAAAAAAUUGUUACCCAAUUCUUUACGUGGCCAUGAUCUGUCAGAUACCAACUUUUUAUCUGGCAAUGACAACCAUCCUUUGACCUUUGACACUUCAAAGUCACUAUCUCCAUAUUGUCUGCCAGAAAACCCGCCCACACCUUUCUCGUUUAGCAACAGUCCCCGCCAUUCAGCCAAUAUGAGUUCCCGUCUAUCUGGCAAAACAACAUCUCCAUUAUGCAUUGAUGGAGUUGAGCUGACUACCCUGAUUAGAGUAUCUCCCAGCUCACUCAGUAGUUCAAGGAUCUCUUCUGCAAGUUUCUCCCCACAAUAUAUUGGACACUUAUCAGCUCGGAGCUGUGGCACACCUAAUUCAGGAUCUGGCUCUUCGGGUAGCCGAAACUUCAAUUACAUGUCACAGGGGACAAUCUCGAAUAUGAAAAGGGAAAUUGAUUUCCACACAGGGCCAAACAACCUGGAGAGUUACCUUUUACCCUCAAGCGACAGCAAAGACCCCUUCAUGAAAAACCAGUUGGUUAUCCCUUAUGACCAAAUCCCAUUCGUGGAACAGAUGUGCAACAGCCAGCAUAUAGCUUUCUUGGAGUCUGAACAGUCAGCCCUAGCAUUUCCUGACAGCAGUGCUGCAGUUUCCUCCACUGCAACAGUCAACAACAACAACAACAGUAACCCGAACCACAUCAGUACGAGUAACAUCAAUGUCAAUAAUACAAACAACAACACGGUCACAAAUGCCAACAAUAUCACUAGCAGCAAUCCUUUGGUCAGCAGUGCACCAGGCUCUAUCAUUGCAACUCAAGCCAAUCCAAGUACUAACUCUGGCCUUCACAUACGUCCACCCCCUUCUUAUGCACAAGCUCUCCAAGAGCAGAAAAGAAAGCAACAGUCCGGACUUCCAUAUGUGGCACCAUGCCUCCAGUCACCAGCCUCAGUCAAAACUGAGCCAUUUGAAGAUGGAGAAAAGAGGCAAGUUUGUAAGUGGAUAGACUGCAACGCUGUUUUUGACGAACAAGAUGAGCUGGUACGACAUAUUGAAAAAAUGCACAUCGACCAGCGUAAGGCUGAAGACUUUACCUGCUUUUGGCAGGGCUGCCUACGACGUCUGAAACCCUUCAAUGCCAGCCAAUCCUUUCUUCUAUUCACUCCCACUCUUUCUUUAGCACUCCAAUUUCUCCCAUUCAUUUUGCCAUUCCCUGCUUUUCUUCUAAUCAUUCAUCCACCCACUAUAUUUUUCUUCUGUUCACUCUUUCACACACCUACCCACACCACCAUUCUUCCAUCUAACCUACCCAUGACACCUUUCUCUCAGCUUCCCACACCAAUAUUCUUCCAUUUGCUAUAUCACACAUCCACACAACUUCUCUUCCAUUCCCUCUAUCUCUCACCCUUCUACACAGCCAUUCUUCUAUUAAUUCUUUCUGUUUGCAUCCAUGCAGCCAUUCUUCCUUUCGUAUUUUCCUGCCACACAUUUCGUCCAUUCACACUUUCUCUCACUGCCUACCACAAAUUUCUUCCAUUCCCUUUUCUCUCACCCCUUCUUCCAUUCACUCUUACUCUCAACCUUGCCACCAUUCAUCUAUUUCCUCUUUCUCUCAACCUUCCAUGCAACCUCUUCCAUUGGCUCUUUCUCUCGACCAUCCACCCUUUUUCAUUAAGAACACAUGUGACAGUGGAUAAAGGCAUUAUGUUCUCCCACCUAUCAUCUGCACAUCUUUCAUUCAUUCUCUCUUUUCUUCCAACCCUCUUCCCUUUCUUGCUUUUUCCCAUCUGCCUGCCAUUCAUUCACCCUCUCUCUUCUUCCUACCCUCUUGCCUUUCUUGCUUUUUCCCACCUGCCUGCCUUUCAUUCACUCUCUCUCUUCUUCCUACCCUCUUGCCUUUCUUGCUUUUUUCCCAUCUGCCUGCCAUUCAUUCCUCUCUCUUCUUCCAACCCUCUUCCCUUUCUUGAUUUUUCCCAUCUGCCUGCCAUUCAUUCAAUCUCUCUCUUCUUCCUACCCUCUUGCCUUUCUUGCUUUUUUUCCACCUGCCUGCCUGCCUUUCAUUCUUCUCUCUUUCUCUUCUUCCUACCCUCUUGCCUUUCUUGCUUUUUCCCACCUGCCUGCCUUUCAUUCACUCUCUCUCUUCUUCCUACCCUCUUGCCUUUCUUGCUUUUUCCCAUCUGCCUGCCAUUCAUUCACCCUCUCUCUUCUUCCUACCCUUUUCCCUUUCUUGCUUUUUCCCACCUGCCUGGCAUUCAUUCACCCUUUCUCUUCUUCCUACCCUUUUCCCUUUCUUGCUUUUUCCCACCUGCCUGCCAAUCAUUCACUCUCUCUCUUCUUCCUACCCUUUUCCCUUUCUUGCUUUUUCCCACCUGCCUGCCAUUCAUUCACCCUCUCUCUUCUUCCUACCCUUUUCCCUUUCUUGCUUUUUCCCACCUGCCUGCCAUUCAUUCACCCUCUCUCUUCUUCCUACCCUUUUCCCUUUCUUGCUUUUUCCCACCUGCCUGCCAUUCAUUCACUCUCUCUCUUCUUCCUACCCUCUUCCCAUUCUUACUUUUUCCCCCACUGCCUGCCAUUCAUUCAUUCUCUCUCUCUUCCUUCUUCCUACCCUUUUCCCUUUCUUGCUUUUUUCCCACCUGCCUUUCUUGCUUUUCCCAUUCCAUUCAUUCAAUCUCUCUCUUCUUCCUACCCUCUUGCCUUUCUUGCUUUUCCCACCUGUCUGCCUUUCAUUCACUCUCUCUCUUCUUCCUACCCUCUUGCCUUUCUUGCUUUUUCCCAUCUGCCUGCCAUUCAUUCACCCUCUCUCUUCUUCCUACCCUCUUCCUUUUCUUGCUUUUUCCCAUCUGCCUGCCAUUCAUUCACUCUCUCUCUUCUUCCAACCCUCUUCCCUUUCUUGAUUUUUCCCAUCUGCCUGCCAUUCAUUCAAUCUCUCUCUUCUUCCUACACUCUUCCUUUUCUUGCUUUUUCCCACCUGCCUGCCAUUCAUUCACUCUCUCUCUCUCUUCUUCCUACCCUCUUCCCAUUCUUGCUUUUUCCCACCUGCCUGCCAUUCAUUCACUCUCUCUCUCUCUUCUCUUCUUCCUACCCUUUUCCUUUUUUGCUUUUUUUUUCCCCCCACCUGCCUGCCUUUCAUUCUUCUCUCUCUUUUUUCCCUGCCCUCAUGCCUUUCUUGCUUUUUCCCAUCUGCCUGCCAUUCAUUCAAUCUCUCUUCUUCUUCCCCCACCACCUACCCCCUCUUGCCUUUCUUGCUUUUUUCCCACCUGCCUGCCUUUCAUUCCUCUCUCUCUUCUUCCUACCCUCUUGCCUUUCUUGCUUUUUUUCCCAUCUGCCUGCCAUUCAUUUCAAUCUCUCUCUUCUUCUUCCUACACUUUUCUUCCUUUUCUUGCUUUUCCCACCUGCCUGCCAUUCAUUCACUCUCUCUCUCUCUUCUUCCUUCCUUACCCUCUUCCCAUUCUUGCUUUUUCCCACCUGCCUGCCAUUCAUUCACUCUCUCUCUCUCUUCUUCCUACCCUUUUCCCUUUCUUGAUUUUUCCCAUCUGCCUGCCAUUCAUUCAAUCUCUCUCUUCUUCCUACCCUCUUGCCUUUCUUGCUUUUUCCCUCCUGCCUGCCUUUCAUUCACUCUCUCUCUUCUUCCUACCCUCUUGCCUUUCUUGCUUUUUCCCAUCUGCCUGCCAUUCAUUCAUUCUCUCUCUUCUUCCAACCCUCUUCCCUUUCUUGAUUUUUCCCCAUCUGCCUGCCAUUCAUUCAAUCUCUCUCUUCUUCCUUUUCCCUGCACCCUCUUUCCUUUUCUUGCUUUUCCCCACCUGCUUUUUUGCCCACCCUGCCCCACCUGCCAUUCAUUCACCCUCUCUCUCUCUUCUUCCUUUUUCCCACCCUCUUCCCAUUCUUGCUUUUUUCCCCACCUGCCUGCCAUUCAUUUACCCUCUCUCUUCUUUUCCUACCUUCUUCUUUUCUUCUUCUUUGUUUUUUUUUUUCCACACCCAUUCAUUCACCUCUCUCCCAUUUCUUUCUUUUUCCCAUCAUCCAUCUGCCUUUUCCUUUCAUUCAAUCUCUCUUCUUCCUCCCUCCCUCUUCCCCCUUUCCUUUCUUUGUUUUUUCCCAUCUGCCUGCCAUUCAUUCACCUCUCUCUUCUCUUCUUUUCCUACCCUUCAUUCCUUUUCUUCUUCCUACUUUUUUUUUUUUUCCCACCUGUCUGACUUUCAUCCACUCUCCUCCCUCUUCCCAAUGCUCUUCCCUUUUCUUCCCUACUUUUUCCCACCUGCCAUUCAUUCAUUUCACCCUCUUCCUUUUCUCUUUCUGCCUGCCAUUCAUUUCCCUCUCUCUUUUCCCUUUCUUGCCAUUCAUUUCUUUUCCUACCCCUUUCUUGCUUUUUCCCACCUGCCUGCCAUGCCAAUCAUUCCCCUUUUCUUUCUUGCUUUUUCCCACCUCCUGCCAUUCCCUUUUUCCCUUUCUUCCCUUUUUCCCUGCCUGCCAUUUUUCCCACCUGCCUGCCAUUCAUUCACCUCUCCCUCUCUUUCUUCCUACCCUUUUUCCCUUUUUUCUUGCUUUUUUUCCCUGCCUGCCAUUCAUUUCACCCCUCUCCUUCCCUAUUUCCUUUUCAUUCACAUUCACCCUCUCUCUUCCUCUUCCUAA